AAGCCGGGGGGCUCGAAGCCGCGAUCGGCAGUCAUCCUCCAGUCGGUGGUGUGCGCAGUGCAGUGCGGUUGACGACGGUAUACCCUCGGGUGUGGAACCGAACGCUGUGUCCCGUGCCUAGACUUGGAUCCCUUUCUAGUCGACCGGUGCUGAUCUGAUUGAAGAUAUGGUACUCUCAACGCCGCCCACGAAGAAGGUGACCAUGUCAGACGUGGCCGAUUCUGUGAGUAACCCACAGUCUCCGGUGAAUGGCAUCUUGCUGGGUGAACCCCUGACGCUUGACUUUGACCCAAUGAGUUUCCAGCUGUCUUCCCCGACCGAGACAAAACCUCCUGUCGACCUUGUCGACUCGUCCCCCGAGGACCCUCCCUUUGCUAACGAACCCCCUGAAAUCGCUAACGAUACUAACUACAAAUACAACCCAAAGUCCUACCUCCUGGACCUAGAAUCACUGCAGGAGCUGCAAGCCAACAUACAAUCGACGUCGUCUACGACACAAGACGACGACGCGAUGGCGGAGGACGAACGAGGCGAGACGGCGUUGAACGACACCGCCGCGCGAGACGACGCUGACCACAGGCCGGACCUUCUCGUCGGUGUGACGGUGAGAACGUCACCCGGAGGACACCAGGCCUUUAUACUCGAAGAAGACGAGGACGAGCUCGACCUCACUGAUUCAAAGUCGGAAGAUGACUCUCGUGAGGUCGACCUCUCCGUAGACGCGUCCGAGUCUUCAUCCAGUCUCAAUCCAGAGAGCUCGAGCCCGCUGAAUGGAGGGCCACCCGGCAGUAGCCCUCCCGCACAGCAGGAAGACCUGGUAAGUUCUCCAUUGGCCAACCUUCCCGAGGACGGAGUCGACGAGGAAGAAACGCCCACGCCACCUGUGAGAGGAGAGAGCCGCCGUGGCGGCAGUUCUGUGCAAAUCGUGGACCUCUUGACUUCGCCUUUGGAGGAAAGCCUUGGAAGUCCUGGAGCGCGGGUUAACGGCACAGCAGCGGGGCAGUCGAUAGCAGAGAGUGUCUCAUACCAGGUGACCACGCCAGAGGAAGCUGAAUCCCGACCGGAAGCAAUACCGGAGGAGGAAGAGGAAGUGAGUGACGACGGACUUGGCGGAGUCAGCAGCGCCGUUCAGGAACUGGCCAGCUUCGUUGGAGAAGGCGCCGACGCUUCGCAGGAUGAUCAGUUUGUAGAUUACGUGGUCAGCACGCCUGAAGACGAUGAUGACUCGGCCUGCAACGUCGAAGACAAUUUCACCAGCCCCGUGCCGGAGAUGACCAGGGAGACGUCGUCGGCCAUGAGUUCUGACAUGGACACGUCCUCUAGGACGACCAGCGUGGAGACAGUGGCGUGUGCCAGUCCUCUGAAUCCCCAGCAAGACGCCAACAUCUUGAGAAGUCCUCAAGGACGGGAAGGCACCUCGCUGUCUCCCGAUCGGCGCGACGAGUCGCUAGAUCCUGCGCAUAGCCCUAACAACCUUUGCACGACCCCCGUGUUGGCUUGCUCACCCACUGACACGGCAGAAGUGGCUGACACGCCAGAGCUUGAGAGCAGUGAAGAUGAGUUUGAGUACACGCCUGCGGGCGUUACAAAGUCCUCGGUCACCAAGAGCAAGCGAGUGGUGGCCAGCGCCCGGACGAGCAGCAAGGAAGGCAUCACGCUGCAGCAGUCGAGCAUCACCUCGACAAGCCGAGUGGACUCUCACACCGAGGUGGUCACUGGCAGGGGUGGUGCCUACGAUGGCCUCAACGGCAUCACCGAAAAGACCGAGCUCACUAACGGCACAGACGACGACUAUUACCGACCAGAAAUAGAAUGCCCUGUGUCGGUAUCGAAGCUGAAGGACGUUUAUAUAUCGUCCGGAAAGGACACCGUGGACGCGGAAGCCUUCAGAGAGAUCGCUGUCACCGGAAUCGACAUCAAAUCUCUGAAAUGUCAGUACGAACGGACAAUCAAGGAGAAUGGAAUACUGUCGCCCACACGCGAGGUCAUUAACACUGGCAUCGACUUCGAGUCCUUGAAGCACAGCUACAUCUCCCCGCUGAAUAACAAAAACCAAGUGCUCAACCACCGCUUUGCCGAAGACAUCGUGCCGAUUGACAUAAAGUCUCUAAAGUCCAGCUUCACCAGUGUCCAGGAACAGGAGAGCCAUAACAACGAGAGCGGCGUCAUCGACGAGGUCAAAAUAGACAAGCAGAGGCUGCAGAACAAGUUCAACAAGAUCAAGAUCGACGAGAGCAAGUGCUUCUGCCGCAAGUGCGGCACCCACGUGUAUCCCGUGGAGCGCAUCAUCGCCGAGAAGAACUUCUACCACAAGAACUGCUUCAGAUGCAAGGAAUGCAACAAGCUGCUCUCUGUGGACGGAUAUAUGUCUCAUGAGGCUGAGAUCUACUGCAAGAUCCACUUCAAGCAGCUGUUCCAACCAAAGGCUCGCUUCGACAACGACGCCGGACCACUGGUGGCCACUCCGGAAGCGGACGACUCGCAAGAAGGUCGCCAGCGUCGUCACGAAAUGAUAAUCCGCGAGAACAUACCCGAAGAGCUUCCACCGGACGUCGUCAGAUGCGACACCAAGACUGACGACGGCCUGCACAACAUCAACCUGGAUCUCGGCAACAUCAGACAGCGCUUCGAGUCACCGCAGGAGUCGGUGCCAUCCGUUGCCGACAGGUCUGCCUUGGGACGUUCCGAGAGUCUGCUCCAAAGGCUAGAGAAAUACCAGUCAGUCGCGGCUGGAGAAAGGAACGGGGAUGCCCACUCCCCAACAGAGAGCGAAGACGAAGAUUCGUCCGUUGUCAGGGAGACCAAGACAAAGGAAAAGGUCGUCUACGAAGGUCUCUCAUCGCUCAAGAGCCAGUGGGAGAGCGGUACAGUGAACAGCCACCAGGAGCGCACGGAGGAGACUAAAGAGGAGCUGGCGAAGCUGCGCAAGAAAAUGUGCCUGGGCCGCUCAGAGUCCAUGCGACAGGUGUACCAGAAGGCCGUGGAGGAUGCCAACCGUAUCCAGGCCGGGCGGGCCGAACAAAUCAGCGUGGAGGGCCAGGAGGCUCGUGCCACCUCCAUCAAGGAAAAGUUUGAGGCCGGUGUGGUGACCCAAGAGACCGAGGCCGAAAAGAUUGAACGCCUCCAGCGAGAGAAGCAGGAGGAGCUCAGUGUUUUCAACGAGACAGGGAUUGCCCACGAGGCCAAGAACAUUUUCAAACAACUUGACGCCGAGGUGGCCCGCCAGUCUGGUGCUCCUUCCGCGUCACUGGCCCGCUCCCCUAGCAACCGCUGGAAUGUUGCACGGCCUCAGCAGAACGCCGUAUCUCCGGGCGACGUCGUCCGCUCCAGCGACCCCGUCCACGACGUGGAGGUCGCCACCACCGAGGUGUCGGAGCGCUUCAAGUUCUUCGAGAACUUCAAAGACGACUCUAACAAGCAGCGCAAACGCUUCGAGAUGACGCCGCCCCGCGAGAGCGGCAAGGAGCCCUCUCCCGAGUUCCAGCCGCCGCGCGACCCCAACGUCGUCAGGGCUGCCGACCCGGCCGAAGAAGUCAUCGUCACGGACACCGCGCGACGCAUGCGCGAGCGGUUCCGCGAGCUCGAGGUUAACGCGAGUCGCGAGGAGCCGCCCCAGGGUCCCAAGCCGCUCAAGAGGAUCACCCCUCCGCGCGAGUACACGCGAGACAACGCGCACGAGCCAUCGCCCGAGGUCCAGCGCGAUCCUGACAUCGUGCAGUGUUCGUACCGCGUCGAAGACGACAUCGUGGUCGAGGCUGACCGCGCCAAGAGCAUGCGGGCGCGCUUCGAGAACUGGGACGCCGAGCGCGAGGCCCGCGAGAGCCGACGGAACGGCGAGAACGCCGAUGAGGAGUGUCUACCCAUGGCCGAUACAGCCAAGACCUUGAGGGCCAAGUUCGAGGCGAUCCGGGACGAGUCCGAGCGCCAGGAGGCACACAGGCCCAAGCCCAAGGUCAACAGAUUUGUGGAGUUUCCAGGAACUCCCAACUCUGAGGCAUGUGCUAUAUGCAACAAGAAACUCUACCCCAUGGAGCGAAUGGAGGUGAGCGGACUGCGGAUGCACAAGAACUGCUUUCGCUGCAGCCACUGCAGUUGUCAUCUCAGGCUGGAAAGCUACACAAUCAGUGGAGGAAAGCUCUACUGUGGACCUCACUUCAAGCAAUUUUUCAUAGCCAAAGGCAAUUACGACGAGGGCUUUGGUCGUGAAAAAUGGUCCAGGUCUGCAUCGCCCGCUUCCCGAGAAAGCAACGAGGAGUACACGAAUGGCGACAGGGAUCACAUGGGCAUCCUCGACCAGCCAGUGAUAGCGUAGUUGCUGCAACCUGUGCCCAUAGCUUUUCAGCCACAACCCGUGCAUCGUCGCUGUUGCCGCCACUUCAUUCUGUCCUGGCUUUUCCUCGCUCUGUAUACUCAGCAUGCUCAAUGUAAGAUACACUUCGUGUCCGGCAUGUUCUGUCCUGGUACCUACUCACUCCCCCCCCCCCCCCCCCCCACCCCCAGCUAUCUUUUUUUUUUCUAUUGCUGCCUAAGACUGUCAUGAAGGCACUGUCAUGUGUCAUUGUUUGUCGUACCCGACAGCCUUUUGACUCCAUGAAGUCCUUGCUGGCACACUAGCUGGCUGGAACGCUAGUGUCUGACAAGCAGAGAAGUGCAUGGCAGUAAGGGCUAUGUGAAAAAGAGCACAUGAACAAAUUCAAAGCGGCCGUAUCCAACCAGCGAGCACUGCGGCACAGAAGCGACAUGCUGAGCUGUAUGUAGUCGGCGUGCUUGUCCCGGUAUAUCUAGAUCGCCCUUUGUUAGUCGGCUUUUCCCAGUGAUCAUGUGACAUACUAGUGCAACAGUGAUACAGUGAAAUGACUAUAUUAUUUCCCUAUCCCUAUAGAUGUGUUAAUUUACGUGUGGUGCAGUUUCUCUAUAUGCCCUUUGAAUCUGUUUUUAUGCCCCAAAUUGCAUGCAAUUAAGUGGGCUCCUUUUUAGCAUUUUUUAAGAUGUCAAAAUAAAACAAAAUGCUGUGCAUUCAUUGGUCCUUAUGUGGUGGAUCUGCAUAUUUUUCUGCAUUGAAGUUUAAGCGCUUUAUGCAGCUAUUUCUAGGCAACCUGCCUUUUUUUUUUUCGUUGUCUUUAUUGAAUCAAGAACUGCUUUUAAAAGUUUGACUUGGGCUGAUAGACUAAUUCAGGUAUGAGACUCCUUGCUUGCUGUAACAUUCGCAUUUUUUUUCUUGCUUUUUGGAUUGCCCAGUGUAUUCUUGAAUGAACAAAGAAUGCUUGGAAAGUAUUUAUGCGGUUGAUUCAACUGUACCCACUUUUAGUUUGACUAUGUGAUCUUGGCAUGGCAACCCACUUCUAGGUUGACCAUGUGGUUUUCCGAUCAGGGCGUUUCCUUCUGUAUUUCAUUGCUCUGAAAGAUACUCUUGAAUAUAACUCAAAUUUUUGUUGUAAUUUCAAAUGCUGCAAAAGCAUGACUUGUAAAUAAAACCCCAAUGUCGAUGUCAAA